UGCUACUUCCAGACAGUGACUAACUUUUAGCACUGUACUUUUUUGAUUUCCUGUGUGUGUGGUUGGUUUCUAGAUGAGUUAUACUGGGGCAGGAAGUUUCGAUCGUGAACACACGCUUCCACGUGCGUAGGGUAUAAUGAGAACAACACAAUGCCGGGUAUCCUUGAGAGGUCUUGUCGCCGUGACUGAAGGACCGACGUGGAAAUAGAGGGGAGGGAAGCGAUCAAGACCAGGGAUUUAAGAUAUGAUAUUACGCCUAUUUGCAUGGCAAGUUUUUCUCCUUGCAUACACCGUGUUUGCUGCACUGCCUAUACCUUAUAAUGUGAGGAUGGAUGCAGUGAACACUCGAUACAUUAUGAUAUGGGACCGGAAUCACUCCAUGGCCAAUCACAACAUCACGUUCACCGCUCAAUACAAAUUUUCUCAUACACAGUCGGACGAGGGGACCUACACAGGGGUGUGUGUCAGGAUAACUGAGGAGAGAUGCGACUUCUCUAAGGAGCUGGGCUUCAACAAUGAAUACAUACUGAGAGUGAGGGCCGAGGGCAGGGGUCAGAUGUCAAACUGGUACUGGCUGAAGUUCAUUCCUGAUGAACAUGCGGCCCUAGGCCCCCCGUCCAAUGUGACGUUCGAUCCAGGGGACGCCAUGUUAACAGUGAGCUUCAGGGAGCCAAUGGCGGAGGACAACACCCCCAUGAGCUCUAUGUUGGUCAUGUCCUUCAGUCUGCAGUAUUGGGAGAAACAUUCACCCAGCAAGAAACAAGAGAGAGUUUUUGACACCACAGAGGGAACACUGUUCCCGCUGAAGCCCUGGACAGAGUACUGCCUGCAGGUCAACGCAUUCAGCAAACCGUACAAUAAGACCAGCCCAUACACGCAGCAACAGUGUGUGAGGACCCUGGGACAACCUCCGGUGUGGAAGGUGUUGCUGGCUCUGCUGGGCUGUGUCGGUCUGAUGACAAUAGUGCCUGUCUACAGAUGCCACAAAAAGAGAAAAAGUCUUGUCUCAAAGCACACAUUUCCCAGCGGUAUACUGCAUAACACACAGGAUCCAAUAUCCCUUCUCCUCCUGCCUCGGGAGGAGAGCUGUGCGGUCACAGUUGUGAUGGCUGUACAGGUAGAGCAGACAAGCCAGGGUCAACAGCAACAGGUCAAGGGUCAGGGAGAUGUUGAGGCGGAGCAGGACAGUGGCUCCUCCUCCAUCCAGAGAGGACAAGGCAGCUCCAGUCAGGACUCUGGGAUCUACUCAGGAGAAGACAGUGGAAAGAGGAGCGCAGGGUCAACAACAACAAGUCAACCUGAAGAGAGACAUUAAGAAGAAAAAAAAUGGAUCCCCAUAGCAAACUGCUGUAGAGGGAUUAGUGGAGUUUUGGGGAGCAGCUUGGAUUCACUUUCAAGAGGAGAGCUCUUGGGGAAAUUCUCUUUUAGUCAAAUGACUUUUUAAGACUUUUUUAGACUAGCUAUAAGACCUGAUGCAUUUCUCUAGUUGAGUUUAUUGAGUUGCCUGGGAAUAAUGGCCAAUAAUGCAGGUUAUGGGAUGCAGGUUAUGGAAUGUGCUGUAUAUGUUAUCAUUUUUAUGUUAUUCCCAUGCAAUAGGAGAUAUGAAAUAUGUUUUCCUCAGAUAAUUCACAGGCCAGUUAGAGUUCCUCUGUCCAGUGUUCUUUUGCCCAUCUUAAACUUUUCUUUUUAUUGGCCUGUCUGAGAUAUGGCUUUUUCUUUGCAACUCUACCUGGAUGGCCAGCAUUCCGAAGUCGCCUGUUGACGUUGAGACUGAAGUUUUGCGAGGACUAUUUAAUGAAGCUGCCAGUUGAGGACUUGUGAGGCAUCUGUUUCUCAAACUAGACACUCUAAUGUACUUGUGCACCGUGGCCUCCCACUCCUUUCUAUUCUGGUUAGAGCCAGUUUGCGCUGUUCUGUGAAGGGAGUAGUACACAGCGUUGUACAAGAUAUUCAGUUUCUUGGCAAUUUCUCGCAUGGAAUAGCC